CGGCUCUACUAUUACGUCCGGUCGAUCCGUCAAAACAAAUGUCUUGGGCUCGCUCACAUAAUCGGCGAUUAUUUUUAGAUAAUUUUGCGUAUUAUUUGUACAAAUGUGUUAAAUAACAGAUAGAUAAUGUUAGUUAAAGGUUUUCGGGGCGCUAGGACGUACAGGGCCCAUAAAUGUGUAGGUGUAGUAUCGCGAGAAUUUUCCAGUCGAUUAGACGCUUUGGAUCAUGAAGAACGGUUAGAGGGUUGUCUUUCGGCUUUGCCUCCGAAGGCUAAAGUGGUAAUAUGUGGGGGCGGGAUGAUGGGGGCAGCCGUGGCGUACCACCUCGCGCGCCGCGGCUGGGGCGACCAAACCAUCGUCGUAGAGAAAGAAAAAGUUGGCAUCGGCAGUCGCUGGCAUUCCUCAGGACUGGUCGGUGCCUUCAAGCCUACCCUUGCUCAAGUGCGUCUGACUCAGUCUUCUAUAAGGCUCCUGCAAGAACUUGAGGCUAAAGGCAGAGCCACUGGCUGGAAGCAAUGCGGGUCCCUACUGCUGGCACGUAACCGUGACCGCAUGACAGUGUACAGAAGAAUGAAGAGUCAAUCAGUAUCUUGGGGUAUACCAUGCGAACUGGUCUCCCCAAAGCGAUGUCAGGAGUUGUGGCCUCUUCUGAACGUCGACGACGUGUUGGGCGGUCUCUGGAUACCCGGAGAUGGGGUAGGAGACCCACACUUACUCAACAUGGCGCUGAUGAGAGAAAGUGUGCAGAGCGGUGUGGGGGUAAUGGAAGAUUGCGCCGUUACCGCAGUGCUAUCGAAGAACGAUCGUGUCUGCGGAGUGGAAACGAAUCGCGGUGCCAUCGAGUGCGAGUAUUUCGUCAACUGCGCUGGAUUCUGGGCUAGAAAGGUUGGACAGUUGGCAAGACCGCAAGUAAAAGUGCCGCUGUUACCCUGCGAGCACUACUACCUUCAUACGAAGCCUAUUGACAACCUAGAUCCGAUGACUCCAGUUAUCCGCGAUCCGGACGGCUACAUAUACCUGCGUGAGAGAGAUGGUUGCAUCCUAGCUGGUGGCUUCGAACCUAUAGCCAAACCCGUGUACGAAGAAGAAAUAACAUCAAUGGCCCAGCGUUGCGUGCCUGAAGACUGGGAUCACUUCCACGUACUUCUACAACAGCUGCUGAAACGAGUGCCGAGUCUCUCCCAGGCGGUGCUGCACAAACUCUGCAACGGCCUCGAAGCAUUCUCCCCGGAUUGCAAGUGGAUUGUGGGAGAAGCACCCGAGAUGUUCAACUACCACGUGGCGGCUGGUAUGAAGACUGUAGGCAUAUCGGCCGCCGGCGGGGUGGCUGAAGCGACGGCCGAUGAGAUUGUCGACGGCUACUCUAAAUACGACAUGUAUGAACUCGGCCUUAACCGGUUUCUGGGGCUACAUAACAAUAAGAGGUUCUUGAGAGAUCGGGUUAAAGAGGUGCCUGGUGUCCACUACGGUCUUCCGUAUCCGUUUCAAGAGUUCGAAACGGGUCGUAACCUCCGACUGUCACCUAUUUACCCGACUUUGCGCGACAAUGGUGCCGUGUUCGGACAAGUCAUGGGCUAUGAAAGACCUACGUGGUUCGAAACUGUUGAUCCAAAAGAGGCGUCGGACAAGCCCCGCCCAUUUAAGGUGGCGUACACGAAGACGUUUAACAAGCCACAUUGGUUCGACACGGUGCAGAGAGAGUAUUGGGCGUGUAGGGAACGAGUGGGACUUGCAGAUUACUCCUCGUUUACUAAGAUUGAUAUACAGUCCCAAGGUCGCGAAGUAGUGGACCUACUCCAGUACCUAUGCUCCAACGAUGUGGAUGUGCCAGUCGGCAGUAUCAUACAUACGGGCAUGCAGAACGAACGUGGCGGCUAUGAAAACGAUUGCAGUCUCGCCAGGGUCUCUGAAAAUCUCUACAUGAUGAUAGCACCAACAAUACAGCAGACCCGUUGCAAAGCCUGGCUAAAACGUCAUCUUCCUGCAAAUGGUUCAGUGACUCUCUCUGACGUCACAUCCAUGUAUACAGCAAUUUGUAUCAUGGGACCUUUUACAAGAAACCUGCUUUCUGAACUGACGGACACUGAUCUUUCGCCGUCAAAGUUUCCUUUCUUUACCUUUAAAGAAAUCGAUGUGGCGUUGGCAAAUGGCGUGAGAGCGAUGAAUUUGACGCAUACGGGAGAGUUGGGAUAUGUGCUGUAUAUUCCUAAUGAGUUCGCCCUCCACGUGUACAACCGUCUGAUGACGAUAGGCGAGAAGUACGGCAUAUCUCAUGUCGGCUACUAUGCUUCGAGGGCACUUCGGGUGGAAAAGUUCUUCGCGUUCUGGGGUCAGGACCUCGACACCAUGACUACGCCGCUGGAGUGUGGCCGUACUUGGCGGGUCAAGUUCGAUAAAGACAUAAAGUUCAUCGGUCGCGACGCCCUUCUCCGACAGCGGGAGGAAGGUAUUCGCAGGCAAUACGUGCAACUCUUGCUGACCGACCAUGACCAUGAGCUGGACAUGUGGUCUUGGGGCGGAGAACCGAUAUAUAGAGACGGGAAUUACUGUGGACAAACUACCACUACUAGUUAUGGGUUUACGUUUAAAAAACAGGUAUGCCUCGGCUUCGUAGAGAAUCUAGAUAAGAAUGGAGUCCCGCAACGUAUCACGAACGACUACGUGCUCAGCGGACAUUACGAAAUAGAUAUCGGCGGUAUCAGAUACGCUGCCAAACUGAAUUUGCACUCUCCGAACUUGCCGACAAAAUACCCGGAUAAGGAACGCGACGUAUACCAAGCGACGAGAAAGCUGCACGAACCACAACAGUUCUUAGGACGUCACUAUCAACCGUAAAUGUAAGAUUUUCAGGACCCCAGGCACUGUUUCCAAAUCUUAGGCAAACUGACUUUUCAUAUGGUUAAUUUAAUAUUUAUGACAAAACAAUUUGGUAUUUUUUAAAUGUCAAAGUGUGAUAGGAGACGAGUUGUAAACGGCAACUUUAAAUUGGUUUUGUCGCAGCCCAAAGUACUGAUACUCUUCUAAGUUGUGUUUAUUUAUGAGAAAAAGAUGUUUUAAGCCUCGUGGGUACAAUAUCUAAACAAUAGGACGCUUUACACAAAAAUACCGAAACUCUUAAUAUUGCCAUCAAUCAUCAGCAUAUGCCAAGUACGCAUAGUUUUUCAAAACGUUUUGAUGUAACAGAAAGGUACAUCAAUCAUUAAUUGAAACUGCAUUAUCAAUUUUCUGAAAAUCACGUCAACGUUUUCACUGGUCUUAUAUGGGCCGAUUACGCGAUUUUUCUUUGUAGUAAAUAGGGCACCAGGCUCACUCAAAAAAUAAACCUAGAGUAUUAUAGUAGUUCUGUUAUUAAAUUAUAUAGUUAUUAGAUUGGCAUAUUAUGCGCAAGAGUUUUAUGAAAAUAAAACACACUGCAAACUUUUAGUCGGCCGGUUGUAUGUACUGUAAAGUUUCAUUGGAAUCAAGAUUUUCACU